AUGGCACAAGCAGUGACGAAAGCUGCCGAUAGUACAUCAUCUAGUCAAGAAAUUAAAGAAACACCAAAAAUAGACAUCGAAGCCCUUGAAGAAGCUGAUACAAUCGGUGAACUUCGAUCGGAAUUUGCUGCUUCGAGUCCUGAUGCAGCAUCAGCAUUGGCCAAUUCUCCAUUUAGUAAAUAUCGAGGUUCUGUUUCAUGGGUUGAAGGUUUUGAAAAGAAUCUUCACAUUCUUGCCAAAAAUCAAUAUCCCGGUCGAUCUAUGGGUGUAUUUACAAGUGGUGGCGAUGCUCAAGGAAUGAAUCCUGCCGUUCGAGCAAUUGUUCGUAUGGGCAUUUAUCUUGGCUGCAAAGUCUAUUUUAUACAUGAAGGUUAUCAAGGUCUAGUCGACGGUGGUAAUAGUAUUCACCAAGCAACAUGGGCAUCUGUUUCGGGUAUUAUCGACGAUGGUGGAACUAUCAUAGGUAGUGCACGUUGUAAAGAAUUUCGGGAGCGCCCCGGCCGAUUACGUGCUGCGAAAAAUUUAAUUGAACAUGGUAUUAAUAAUAUUGUAUGUAUUGGUGGAGAUGGUUCGUUAACCGGUGCACAUUUAUUUCGUGAAGAAUGGGAUAGCCUUCUUCAAGAACUUGUUGAAAAAAAGGAAGUUACACAAGAAAAUGCUAGUACAUAUAAACAUUUAAAUAUUGUUGGUCUUGUUGGAUCGAUCGAUAAUGAUUUUUGUGGUACUGAUAUGACCAUUGGAGCUGAUUCUGCUCUACAUCGUAUUAUGGAAGCUAUAGAUUGUAUUACCACAACAGCUUCAAGUCAUCAACGUUGUUUUGUUCUUGAAGUAAUGGGUCGCCAUUGUGGCUAUUUAGCAUUAGUAAGUGCGCUUGGAUCCGAUGCCGAUUGGGUAUUUAUUCCUGAAGCACCACCUGGACCUGGAUGGGAAGAUCAACUAUGCAAUAAACUUCAAAAUACACGAGAAAUGGGACAACGUUUGAAUAUUAUUGUUCUUGCUGAAGGUGCCAUUGAUUCUAAUGGCAAACAAAUAAGUAGCGAAGAUGUUCGUCAGCUCAUUUCAACUCGACUGAAAUAUGAUACACGAAUUACUAUUCUUGGUCAUGUUCAACGAGGUGGCAGCCCAUCCGCAUUCGAUCGACUUCUUGCUACACGAAUGGGUACAGAAGCUGUUCUUGCAUUAAUGGAAGCUACUUCAACAUCACAGCCCGUUGUUAUUGCUCUUAGCGGUAAUCAAACAGUUCGUGUACCAUUAUUGCAUUGUGUAAAAAAAACUUUGGCUGUUGCUGAAGCCAUGAGUGAAAGACGAUUUAAAGAAGCUCAGGAAUUACGUGGUAGAAGUUUCAAAGGAAAUCUUGAAACAUAUAUUCGUCUAAGUAAAUUAAGACCAAAAUUAUUCUCAAAUAAACAGCAUUCAUUUAAUUUGGCUGUACUCAAUGUUGGUGCGCCUGCUUGUGGUGUCAAUGCAAUCGUACGUUCCAUUGUUCGUUAUGGUUUAUGUGAAGGACAUAAUAUGUUUGCUGUAUUCGAUGGAUUUGAAGGUUUAAUUAAUAAUCAAGUUAAAAGUUUACAUUGGAUGGCUGUCAAUGGUUGGAGUAGUGUUGGAAGUUCAUUACUUGGUUGUCAGAAAACAAGUGCAAGUAAAGUUGGUUUAGGAUUAAUAGCAGAAAAAAUUCGUGAACACAAUUUUCAUGCCGUAUUAAUUAUCGGUGGAUAUGAAGCUUAUUUGUCUGUUCUUGAAAUGUACGAAGCACGAAAUAAAUAUUCGCAAUUCCAAAUACCACUUAUUUGUAUUCCAGCUACUAUUUCAAAUAAUGUACCCGGUACAGAAUUUAGUAUUGGUGCAGAUACUGCACUUAAUGAAAUUGUUCAUAUCUGUGACAAAAUUAAACAAUCUGCUCAAGGUUCAAAACGACGUAUAUUUGUUAUUGAAACAAUGGGUGGCUAUUGUGGUUAUUUGGCUACAAUGGCUGCACUUGCUAGUGGUGCCGAUCAAGCAUAUAUCUAUGAAGAGCCAUUUACAAUAAAAGAUUUAAUAGAUGAUGUAGAUCAUUUACGUAAGAAAAUGGAAGGACAUUUAAAACGUGGUUUAUUACUACGAAAUGAGCUGGCUAAUGAACAUUAUACGACAGAGUUUAUUACAAAAUUAUUACAAGAAGAAGGUAAAGGUGUAUUUAGUGCACGAAGUAAUGUUCUCGGCCAUAUGCAACAGGGUGGUUUACCAUCACCAUUUGAUCGAGCAUUUGGUACAAAAUUAGGUUGUAAAGCAGUUACAUAUGCCGUAUCAUUAAUUGAAAAAGCAGCAACUGAAGAUGGGAAAGUUACUUGCAAUACUGCGGAAAGUGCUGUUGUGUUAGGCCUAAUCAAACGGCAAAAUGAAUUUACACCUGUUGAAAUUCUUAAAGCCAACACUGAUACUGAACAUCGUAUGCCACUUGAACAAUGGUGGCUUAAACUUCGACCAUUACUUCGUAUAUUAGCUAAACAUGAAAGUGUAUACAUAGGUGAUUUCGUCGAAACAGGUCUUGAAGACGUGGACUAG